AUGGAACUGUACCAGAAGUCUUUACUAAAUUACCAGUUAGAGAAGAUUUUUUUGACUUUCAACAGAUAUAAUGGUCCUCAGUUAAUGAAUACUGAAUAUUCUCCAGAUCUAGAUAUAUACUUCAAAAUCUGA